AUGAUUCGCUUUUAUAAUACUAUACCUGCGUCAGCGCAAAGGUUCUCAAAGUGGGAAUCAAACUUCAGAGAUUAUUCAGGUAGUUUAUCGUUUUAUCGAACGCUGCUACAGUACAGUAAGGAGCUGCAUGUCCCGAAUGAGGCCCGGCAGGCCAUAAAAAACAUUCUCAUCCUCCCAGCAAGCAACGCCGAUCCCGAGCGCAGUUUCUCUGCUGCUAACAGGCUCUCUAGAGAGGAAAGGAGUAACAUAAAGACGGAGUCUCCAGACAACAUCAUGACAGUGCAGCGUAAUGGGCUUAGCAUCCUAACAGUUAAACUUCAACAGAUAGCACCCCAAUGGAUGCAUCCUGCACCGGGACUUGGGUUGGAUCCGGGUAUGCCAUCGAAUCUAGCUAGAGAAGGCAGCCUCUGA